GAGAGCAAUUGAAGGCUAGCACUGACCUUGUUGAGACCAUCAUCGAUACGAGGAUUCCACUGGGGGGGGGGGCUGGAACUAUUAGCUACUCAAGCCCAUUGAAAAUAUAACUAAAUAUAUGCCGCUUGCAUAAAUGUUAUGGACUUGCGUUGGAACAAAUGAAAACACAUUAUUGAACGUGUUGCAACGGAGCCAACGAUUUCCGCUGUAUACAAACAAAAACACAGAGGCUUGCCUUCUGUUUUUAAGGUGGAUAUUUUUUGCUAGCAGUAAGCUAGCCUACAUUGCUAUUGGGGCAUUGUGUCUUUGUAAACACUGCGUCAGUUGUGUUAGCUAGCUAGCUAGCUACCAAAACAAAAAAAGAUGGGACUCGUAUAUUGUUGAAAGGAGCAGGCUGACUCCUUUCCAUUCGUUACCAACAUGAGAGAAGAAAGUCGUUCUUUCUUAGGAAGGCAGUUCAUGGCAAUCGAAAGACGGGGUGAACUUUCCUGCUGCCCCGACUUCACGGAGGAUAAAGGGACAUCCGAGAGAGGAUAUAUGCGACCGUGCAACGCUUGUCAUUUUACUUCAAUGUAAAACUCCGAGGCUCUGGAGCGAUGGAGACCGUGGGGAAAUUCGAGUUCAGCAGGAAGGAUUUGAUAGGACACGGUGCAUUUGCGGUGGUGUUCAAAGGCAGGAAUAGAGAGAAACAUGACUGGGAGGUGGCUGUGAAAUGCAUAAACAAGAAAAACUUGGCAAAAUCUCAGACCCUUUUGGGGAAAGAGAUCAAGAUACUCAAGGAACUAAAACAUGAGAACAUUGUUGCAUUACAUGACUUUCAGGAAACGGCAAGUUCUGUGUACCUGGUCAUGGAGUACUGCAAUGGUGGGGACCUGGCGGACUAUCUGCACUCCAAGGGCACCCUGAGCGAGGACACCAUCCGGGUGUUUCUGCAGCAGAUAGCCGGAGCCAUGAGGGUGCUGCAGGCCAAGGAUAUCAUCCACAGAGACCUCAAACCCCAGAACAUCCUGCUCUCCUACCCCGCAGGACGCAAGUCCCACUCCACCAACACCUGCAUCAAGAUAGCUGACUUUGGGUUUGCCCGGUACCUUCAGAACAACAUGUUGGCUGCCACUCUGUGUGGGUCCCCUAUGUACAUGGCACCUGAAGUCAUCAUGUCUCAGAACUAUGAUGCCAAGGCUGACCUGUGGAGCAUUGGAACCAUUUUAUUCCAAUGUCUGACUGGGAAAGCACCGUUUCAGGCUAGCAGUCCCCAGGACCUCCGGCUGUUUUAUGAGAAAAACAAGAACCUCAGCCCCAACAUCCCCAGAGAGACCUCCUGUCACCUGAGGCACCUGCUGCUAGGUCUUCUGCAGCGCAACCACAACGACCGCAUGGACUUUGAGGAGUUCUUCCAUCACCCCUUCCUGGAGACGAGUUCGUCCAUGAAGAAGACUCCUGCUGUGACCAUGACAUGCUUUCCCAGCUCUGCUUCAGCCAGCUCCUGUAGCAGCUCUUCCACCUCACAUUUGGCCUCCCCACCGCAGUCCCUGGCUGAGGUCCAGCAGCUCCACGCCAAGACCCUUGCCUCCCCUACCCAGGAUGCCCCUGGCUUUCUCCUCAAGGACUCGUCUGGAGGGGGCUGCAGCAGCAAGAACUCUUCUUGUGACACGGAUGACUUUGUCAUGGUGCCCGUCCACUUUCCCACAGGUGAGCUCACCUGUGAGGAACCUACUGGGAAGGUGUUCCACGACAGUCUGAUGAACAGCGGCUCUCUACUGGCCUCUGGUGGCCUGGGCAGUCAGGGCAAGACCCCACCCCACUCCCCCUCCUACAGCGGCUCCUGCAGUCCCAUCAGUCGGCCAAGUGAGUUCUCUGGCAGUAACUGUGGUAACUAUGGUAACUACGGUCAGUCGGUGCCCAUUCCUGUUCCCACUCAGGUCCACAACUACCAGCGCAUGGAGCAGAACCUUCAUUCCCUCAGCCAUGACGGCUCCCCACAGCUGUCUACCCCGGUGCGCCGGUGCAGCAGCAAUAGUUCCCUGGGAUUCGGAAGGACUGGCCCAUCGCCGCCUUACCCAGGAGGCCACGGGUCCUUGGCUGGCCCCCGCAGGCUGUCUGUAGGAGGGGCCAGACCCUUCCAGCUCUCUCCUCAAGUGGGCACCAUCCCUGAGCUGCCAGGACAGGCAUGCCCGUUGGGCACGGGCAGCGGGGGGUCGCGGGGCGGAGCUCUCCAAUUCCCCGACACGCGGCCUCCCCCUCAGCAGAAGCAAGGCCUGGGCACCCAGCUCCACAGUGCCCCCUGUCUUCUGGAGGCCACUAGCGGUGGCGGCAGGCAGAAAAUCAGGAAGCAGCACUCGGACCCCGUGGUGGCUAACCUUCAGGCAGGCAUGAUGGCUAUGCGGCCCCUGCACUCCUCCCCCAGGCUGAGUGAACUCAUGCAGCGCAGCCCCCUCUCCACCAUCCUUGGAUCCCCCUCUAGAGCCAUACCACCCUUUGAGUUCCCAAAACCUCCCAGCUCCCCCAACCUGGUGACUUUCCUGGCCCAGCAGGGUCUGGUUCUGGCCCCGCCCGGCAGCAGGACUGCCUCAAACCACAAGGACCCAGGACAGCAGCCUACUGGCCAGCUUGGUCAAUACAGCCAGAGGACUACAGAGGACAACAAGGGCUUCGGCAGGUCUCAGAGUGCAGGUCGUCUGUCUGACAUGCUGCUGAUGGCUGCGUUUGGAGGGCCGCUGGGGGAGCACGGCAGCAGUGAGAACCUCAGCUCUGACAGAGAAGCCAUAGACAUCACAGCGCCCUCUGGUGGUGGAGCCAUGGCUGCAGGCUCAGUCCGCCCAGCCCAGGUGGUGUUCACUGUGGGCUCCCCACCCAGCGGCAGCAUCCCGCCACAGCCCUCCAGGACCAGACAGUUCUCAGCAAGCUCCUCCAGCUCCAUAAGCCCAGUGGGGUCCUUCACCAGCCGAUUUCAGACAGGCACCUAUCUGGACGGCUUCGAGGGUCCUUCCAGACCACGUUACAGCUUCACAGACCCAAUCACAGCCAACAUGGGGGGACCUGUUAGCUUCCUGGCCCCUGAGCUGCCAGAGGAGACACUGAUGGAGCAGGAGCACACAGAUACCCUGAGGAGCCUGCGCUUCACCCUGGACUUUGCCCGCUGUCUGAUGGAGGUGGCAGGGGUCAGGGGGACUGGGGCUGGGUCGGGGCAGGGGGACACCUCCCCACCCUCCCUCCUGCAGGAGCAGAGCCUAGUGGCUGACCAGAUCAGCUCCCUCAGCCGGGAGUGGAGCUAUGCGGAGCAGCUGGUGUUGUACAUGAAGACUGCAGAGCUUCUGUCGUCUGCCUUGCACACAGCCAUGGAGUGCAUCAAACAGGGAAAACUGUACCCCUCUGCUACUGUCAAACAAGUGGUCAAGAGGCUGAACGAGCUGUACAAGUCCAGCGUGUCAUUCUGCCGCUCCCUCAACGCAGGGCUGGAGCAUUUCUUCUCCCGCAAGCACCGCCUCAUGGACCACAUCAAUACCAUCACCGCCGAGAGGCUGCUGUUUAGCCACACUGUUCAGAUGGUGCAGGCUGCUGCUCUGGAUGAAAUGUUCCACCAGGGAGAGGAGUCGGUGCUGCGCUACCACAAGGCCCUGCUGCUGAUGGAGGGCCUGUCCCUGCUCCUCACAGAGCAAAACGACAUCCUCAGCGUCAGCAAGUGUAAGGAAUGCAUUGAGCGUCGCCUCACAGCUCUACAGUCAGGGCUAUGUGUUUGAGGACUCUGCUCAGCACCCGUGAUGCUGCUAUGCAAUAAUGUCACUCAUUCUGGGCAGGCACCACCAUGCCCAUUCAACCUCCCAACCAAUGCUGUAUCUUCCCCCCACCCUGUAGUUUCCAUGGAGAUGUCAGCCGGUGGGGUGUGUGUUAAGAAGUGCCUGUAGUCUGGACUGGGUAGACUCUGGACUGGUGGUCUCUGUGUCUGCCCCACCACCAAGCGCACUUAGGUGAACUGAUGUUGGAGAUGAGGGGGAAACUACGCACUCCUCUGUGUGUCAGACAGGACCCCACUAAACGGACUGACUGUGUUAGCUAUUCAGCUCUGUGCAGAGCCCCAUACACACACAGCCUCUUACCGUCAGAAACGCUACCCUGACCAACACAGCCAAGCUGUCUGCAGGAGGAUUCUACUGCAGUCAGUCACGCUCCAUUUGAUCCUGUCAGUAAUUCAGCGCUAAGCAAUCACAAAUUAACCUUCACUCCUAAGACAUGAGGUCUCACUAUAUAAGAAGCCACUCAGUGUAAAAAUAUAAUAUAUAUAUUUUUUGUGUGUUUUUCAGGGAAACCAGAUGAGUUUAAGAGCGUUAUCCCAAUUGCAUGGCCUGUCACAGCCCACGGGCCUGUGUGUGUACAUUUUGAGUUGUAUGUAGAAAAUAUGUAUUUUUCAGUUAUUGACCUUGCCUAAAGUAAAUUCCUGUGAUAGAACCAUAUACAGAAGUUUUUUACUUUAUUUAUCCCUGUCUGACACUUUAUUGAUGCUACGUUUGCCAUAUUAAGAAUGAGAAUGUUGCCCUUUAGGGCUUUGGGCCCAGUAGGUAGGUUUUUGGACCAUAGACAGGAGAAUGUAGAAAGGAUUGCUGUCUGUGCCACUGGGCCUUUGACAGGAUAUUCAAUAUGGACAGGAAAUGGGCCUCGCUGAGUAUUUCCCUUUGACCAGUGUUUGAUAUGGCAGCCAUGUUGGAAGAACAGCUGGAACCACAUACUCCCCAUUCAGCUUACUAGUCAGAGUGCUUGAGGUGAUUCAUCAUCUUAUUAUUAUUUCCUAAAGUUGUUCUUAACCAGUAAAAGGCCAGGAAUAUCACUUUGUAGACAAAUUAGACAAAGGAAUAUUGCCAAAAUUGGAAAAGAAACCAAUUGGCACUGAUCUCUGACCAAACACAUGAGAUUUAGUUGAGCUUUAUUUAAUAUUUUCCCAUUCAAACCUCUUAUGGAGUACAGCCAUCACAAUCAGUUUGAAUGUAGGGCUGCUUGUAAAACUUGUUAGCAGUAGAGUUGCCGGACUGGACUACACCUGUCAAUGAUUACUGGUGUUAUUGCACUGUGUUGAGGUUUAUCAGUACUGUACAUAAUGAAGUGUGAGGGUGAGUUAUAAGAUGUACAUGCUUGGAGAGCGUUUUAGUUUUGGAGUUAUUUCUAUGGUUUUUAUUGUAGUUUUCGGCAGUUUUGUUUUAGGUUUAUUCAUUGUCAGAUGUUGAAGUGUGAUGGCUGUCUUAAUCUUGACAGGGAAAUGUCAUAAGCUAUUAGACUUUGAAAGGUGCCUUUGUGAAAAAAAUAAUUUAAAAAAGCUACACUAAAAAAGAUUUUGGUUGUAUUGAAUAGACAAAAUGAGGACUGAUGCUUGUGUUGGAUUUUGAAAAGCAGUCAAAUGUAUCGAAUUGUAGUGGAGCGGUUGUUGAAUUUAUAUUUGAGGUGGGUGGAUGUUUCCCUAACCACAGCUUGUAUCCCCAACAAUAACCAUUAGGGGAUAGACAAAAUAUCUCACCGUGCAAUGGACCAGUGGUUAGAGGCAACCUCUACCCACUCUAAGAAGCUUGUGUGUUUUGUGUAUGCGUUUGUGUGAAACUUUGUGAAAGAGUGAAUGGCUUUUAUAUUUCCUCACUACAGGGAACUAACAGAAACAAGAGCAGGGGAGCAUUUUCCCCUGUGAAGAUUGUCUGAAUAUUUUGGUUUGCCCAUAGAUGCUUUCUUGCCUUUUCCUUUCACCAGUCAGCAAAAUGUUAAAAAAAUUAUCUUACUCUGAAAUUCUGUUGCAUAAGCAUACAGCGUAAAGGUCUAGUUUAUAUUAUACAUCCCAGAUUAAUGAUAUCGUCAUGUCUAGUGACCCAUAUGCCCAUUUAUAAAAUGGGAAAUGUUCAAUGAGUGGCUGGUAGCAAGGCAAUGGUAGUCCUUGGUUUUAUUUAUGCAUGUUUCACUUUUUUGUUUUGUUUCUUACAACCAGUAGCCUAGCAGCCAUCCUAAUGUUGUGUAAGAAUCUAAAGCAACAUAUGUUGUAUAAAUCACUCUGUAGAAGAACAACAACUUACAAGGCAGGUUGAUUGAAAAGGCUCAUGAAGUAAAAGCUUGAUCUGCACUCCAGUGCUUACAUGACACUUAAUGGAUAUCACUGAAAACAAGGUUUUGCCAACUUAAGAUGUUUGCAGUUUUGCUUUUAUGCAUUAUAUAUGCAGUAUACCUGAAAGUUUAUUCCACACUGCUGAUUUGCAUAUUUACCUUACUAUUUCAGUAUCACUUGUAAAUAAGGAUAGUAAAUUAAGUUAUUGCUCUGAAUGUGUAUAUAUUACAAAGCAUGGACAGAAUUUCCCCACCCAUCCAAAGAAAAGUAUUAGAAAUACAAACGUUCCCUACUAUCAAUUCUAGACUGUUGUUGGAGCUAUAUCUCUGACUGUACAUUUAAGCCUGUAAAAAAAAAUAAAAAAAUGAUACACACUAUUUCAAUGUCUGUGUGUGAUGUAUCAUUUCUGGUUUGAAAGGCGCUGCAGAAAUAAAAUUGUGAAAGGAA